UUUUGUUAAUUUUGAAAAUUUUUACAUUUUUGUUUCCGGCAAAAUCAUUUUUUUCGCAUACGGAAACGAUGUUGAAAUCUCACGUAUUCUCUUUUUAGUUUUUUGUUUUUACCAUCUUUCCUUUGUUUUUCAGACUUUAUUUAGUUAAAUUUUCUAUUUAUUUUGGACAAUUAUUGUUUUGACUUAAAUGAGGUAAGGAUCAAUUUCGACAAUUCUCCAUUGGUGCUAUCGUUUUAUCUCCUCUUAAAAUUGUAAAUGUCCGCCGUAGAUGUUUAAUCUUCGUCUUCAAAAACGUUUGGCGGCUGCGGUUCUCAAGUGCGGCAAAGGGAAGGUUUGGCUGGAUCCGAAUGAAGUCAACGAGAUUUCCGCUGCAAAUUCUCGUCAGAAUGUUCGUCGUUUGGUCAAGGAUGGUCUUAUAAUUAAGAAGCCUGGGAAGAUUCACUCUCGUUUUCGAGCUCGUGAACGUUUGGAAGCACGCAGAAAGGGUCGUCAUAUGGGUUUUGGAAAACGACGCGGAACUCGAAAUGCUCGUAUGCCUGAGAAGGUCUUAUGGAUGCGUCGAAUGCGUGUGCUCCGCCAUCUUUUAAAGCGCUAUCGAGCUGCGAAGAAGAUUGACAAGCAUCUUUACCAUGAGCUUUACCUGAAGGCCAAAGGAAAUGCAUUCAAAAACAAGCGCAACCUUAUGGAAUACAUCUUCAAAAAGAAGACUGAGAACCAGCGUUCUAAACAACUUGCUGAACAAGCUGAGGCUCGCCGAAACAAGAACAAGGAGACGAGAAAGAGGCGUGAAGAACGUUUGAUUUUGAAACGUAAGGAGUUGCUCAAUAAACUUACUGAGGGUGAGAAGAAGGAAGAGACACCGCAGCAAUGA